GACAGAUGACCUAUUGAAAUAAUUUCGGAGCAGGGCUGGCGUUGCCAGGACAACCAGCGCUCCCCGGGCCAUGUGACGGGGCCUUGACGUCAGCCGGAGGCUGAGCCUGCGGUCCGGCCGCGCCGUCAAAGCGUGAGAGCCGCUGGAUGCUGGAGUCAUCCCCGCCGCCGCCGCCGCCGCGUCCCAGGGGCUGCCGGAGCAUGGACUAUUAAAAACUUGCAUUUCUGCGGUGUGAGGUAAUACUUUAACUCCAAUAUGGGAAAGCAAAACAGCAAACUACGCCCUGAAGUCAUGCAAGAUUUGCUAGAAAGUACAGACUUUACAGAACAUGAAAUCCAGGAGUGGUACAAAGGCUUCUUGAGAGACUGUCCAAGUGGACAUUUAUCUAUGGAGGAGUUUAAAAAAAUAUAUGGAAACUUUUUUCCUUACGGGGACGCUUCUAAGUUUGCAGAGCAUGUAUUCCGCACUUUCGACGCCAAUGGAGACGGAACAAUAGAUUUCAGAGAAUUCAUCAUAGCCUUGAGUGUGACGUCAAGAGGAAAACUGGAGCAAAAGCUGAAGUGGGCAUUCAGUAUGUACGACCUCGAUGGGAAUGGCUACAUCAGUAAGUCAGAGAUGCUGGAAAUUGUGCAGGCAAUCUAUAAGAUGGUUUCUUCUGUAAUGAAGAUGCCAGAAGAUGAGUCAACCCCAGAGAAGAGGACCGAGAAGAUCUUCCGCCAGAUGGACACCAACCGUGACGCUCUCUCUGGAAGAGUUCAUCCGAGGCGCCAAGAGUGAUCCGUCCAUAGUCCGUCUCCUGCAGUGUGACCCCAGCAGUGCCGGGCAGUUCUGAACCUGUACUUUGGAUCAAUUAUGUAUCUGCUUUUUUUUUUUUUUUUUUUUUUUUUUUUUGCCAAACAACAUUCAUGGUAGUGUUGCCUCUGUAUGGCCAAUUAUGCCUUCAUUUGUGGCAUCUUAUAGCUUAUUUUGUUGUGGAUUAAUUAUAAGAAUGCUGAAUUGCUCUUAACAAUUUGUCCAGGGCAUGGGCAGUACUGUUCUAAACAGAUAUUGUGGUGUUAUCAUUGUUUCAUUGGUUUUAAAAUUCCUUUUUGUUUAUUUGUUUGUUUGUUUGUAUCUGUUUUGGAAAGUAACGUGUUGAGGAGGAGUAAACCUAAAACAAACCCCUUGGCAGCAAGACACACUGACAGAUUUUAGAUUGCUGCUUUAGUUGUUAGGUAUUCACCUGCAGGAGCUGAAAGUGUAGUAAGGCUGAACCAAAGGGGUUGUGAUGGGUGGGGUAGGAUUCACCUGGAACCGCCUCUCCCGUCCAGGAGGCACCAGUUCAGAUCUAAGACAGGACUGGGAAGAAGUAUGAAAAUGCAAAACAUGUGUGGGGUGUAUCAUCCAUUCCUAUGCCUCGUUGUUUCAAGGCUGUGAACACUUUCCAGGUUGUGAAGAAGGGACAAAAUGAAGGUUGACAUUUUUUUACUAGGUUUACAGUGGUUGAAGUCAUAUGGCUUUAUCUGAAAAUUCAGCAAUUUGCAAUCCUGGUCUCCAAAUCCACAACUGACAAUACCUCUUGCCGUUUGGGAUCAGUAAAAGCAGACACAGAUAUGAAAAGCUGGGUCUUGACAAUGAAUUUAAGGGAGAUACGUGUUGAAUGUGAAAUUUUCAGGUUAGUAAUAAAGCAGUUGCUACUAGAGAGAGUGGGCAUUCACGUGAGGAACUCACAGACACCUGCAAGCAGCUCCAGCUAAGGCACAUCUGCUGUUCUCAAGGCUCUUGCAUAGCAGGUAGUUUUGGGGGUGUUUUUGUCUCUCUCCAUGUAGCUACCAGAGUUUCUGGGCCUGCUCUUAGGGGAAGGCUGUCAUCAAAACUUGUUUUAAACAUAAAAUUGUAGCAUUUAUAUUUCAUUUAUUUUAGUAAAGUUCAAAAAAUCUGUACUGAAAUGAGGAAAUGGUACGCUUUAUGAUAUAUUUAUAUAUAUAAAAAUUAAAACAAAAAAAGAUCAGCUCUUGAGAGAAAUGUUGAAUGUUUAUCUUUCGCCCAGGUGCAGGAGUUCUGAAAUUUGCUGCUGCAAAAUUUUAUCCUUUGGUCAAAGUUGCUGUAUGCAAAGCUAGUACACACAUGUGGGAUUUCUUAGGGACUUUACAAGUGCAAAAGAAAAGCUGGAAAAGCUUUAGCAACAGGAGGCAUUAUGCUGACUAAAUUGGCAUUAAUCACUCAUUAGCUGAAGUCUGCUUUGUGAUCCUGCCGGAGAGCUACCCAUGCAGGCAGCAGCACGGUGUUGGGAAUUCAUGAGCUCAUUAGAGUAACCUUUGUCUGACAGGCAAAGUUGGCAUUUUGUCAAGUGACCUUGUAGAUGCUAAUCCCCAGUAGCCUUAAUUUAAAAUAAACCAAGUAAAAGAAGUCUGCUUUGCAGGUGAUGAUUAGCUAAGUACUAAUUAGAAGUCACGAAUAAGUAGUUGAGCAUAAAUAAUCUUCUAUGGAACACUAGCUAGCAUGUACAAUAACUGACAGAAGCAAUCCUAUACUUAAUUUUUCCAUACCAUUUGCUUUGCUAGGUGUUAAGGGCAAAGCAUUUUAAAAGAAAAUAAAAUUAAAUUGAAAAUAACAUUUUUAAUUAGUAGUACUAAAAUUUUUAUGAGUGGCUAAUGACAAUAAAUGUCUUCAAGCACACAUCUCUGUCUCAAACAAUCACAAAAAUCCAAUUGAUGAUAUAUUUCCAUUACAUUCAUCAAAAUACUGAGCUGAGAUGAGUGUGGGAAAAUAAAAAAGCAAAGAAGACCCAACCACAGGCACAAACAGAUUUUAAUACCCAGCACUUUCAGGUGUUAUGAGCAACACUAGCAAGUUUUGCACCAAUUCUUCUGGCUGAUGAAAAUAUUCCCUGUCUCCUUCUCCGAAACCCUAAUUAGACACCAUGUGCACAAAUCUAACCCUUCAAGGGAUAGUCUGUGCCUACCUUCUUCAAGGUAAUUUUCUGCUUUACCUAGAGAGGUUCUGGCCCUCUCUUCAUGUCCAUUACCUCAUGGAUUUUGGAAGUCAUGUACUUGAGGGUUGUUUUUCAGCAGAAGAAGCCUGGCCAGACUGCUGGGGAUUGCUGCAGGAAGGUCAGUGGGCACGCAGUGAUCAGCACACCCCUCUGCCAGAUGGGAAUGACCCGUGCCACAGCCCAGCUUCUCCAGGGGUGCUCCAUCACCACCCCUGCAUGAGCAGGACAAGGUGACACCAGAGGAUCCCUGCUGAACUUCCAACCUCCUGGCUCAGCACAGGCACCUGUGUCCAAAGCAGCCCAGGCCUGUGGAAGCUGGCAUUUACUGAAGGUGAACUCGGAUACCUCCUACGGUUCCAUCUUCUUCCUAAUGCUGUGAAAGCAGUUGCAUGUGACUGAAACUUUUAAAAUGUUGCCUUUUCUUUAAGUGGACACCACCUCUUUUUCAUUUUACAAGACACUUCUGGCUCAGAACCUAAUCUCUCCAUUAGUUUUUGCUCAGUAGUUUUGGGGUGUUGGGGCCAGGCUCACCUCCUGUGUUACUCCCAUACAACACGAGUUUGAAAGCACACCCUGUGCUGUGACCCCAGCAGAGAUGUAAUGCUUCCUACAGUUCACAAAAUUUGGAAUAAUAAGAACUAGCUUACAGCUGCAGAGGAUAUAGCUGCAGAUAAGGCUAUUGUAUAAACAUUUACAGAGUGAGCUAGGGUUAUUCUUUUACCUGACUGCCACUGAUGAUUGGUAUUAUUUUAAAUUAUUAACUAUCCCAUUCUUUCUCUGUCUCUGCAUGUACUUAAAGAGUGAUUCGUAGCUGAAGUUGUGAUAGGAACAUCUGCAGACCUCAAAUCAGCAGGACAGCAGUGGUGUGCUGUACCUCAGACUGAAAUUUUCUGCUUUGCUGUCAUUUGCAUUUGUAAUAAUAAUUGCCUUCAUAAAGCUUUUGAAGGCGAAGUGGUAUAUAUGCUGUAUAAAAUAGCACAGUAAGCCGGACUUUUGAGUGAUUCAUUAGCAGUAUCUCCACACAGGAAGGAUGGAGACAGCACAUAUUAUUUCAUAUCACUUCUCAGUUUUGUAGAUGCAUUCUUUAGUUUUACUUGCAUGUGCAACAGGCAGCCUUCACUCCUCAAAUGAAGUUUAAAAUCUAAGAGGAUUUUCUCAGGUGGGUUUGCUAAUCACCAUCAUCCUGUGAUGAUCACCCGUCAUCAUCAACACUCCUGUGUUGUCCAAAGGAAUUAAUGAGUGUAUCUCAUGGAAAAUGUCAGUCCCAUUUAUCUGGCAUUCUCAGUCAGCUUGUCAAACUCUGUGCCAGAAGAUGUGAUGUGAGGACUAUGACUUGUGAGUUUUGCAAUACUCUAUUUGUUUUAGGGUGCUUCGGGAAAGGAAAAGGGAACACAACCCUUUUAAAACCAGCACUCGUGUUCUUGUGAGCACUUAGAGUUUGAGAGGGACUGAAGAAUAUUUAUGUUUCAACAUUAUUUGAAGCUAUGUCAGUUCACGAUUCAAUAAGGUACCUAGAGCUAUGCUGUUCCCUUGCAGUUCUUAGGAGCUUGUAGGAUUUUUAUCUUUUUCCUGGGGCAUUCUUUGUUGCUUUGUGUUACAAGGCAUGACCUCCACAUUUUUGCUGCCUAAAACAGUAAGUCAGAAGUGUGUGAAUUUCAUAGCUGGAUGAGCUCUGUGUGCAGAAAUCUUGCACACCAGCACAGGAAGUAGUCACACAUGACCAAGUCCCUGUGGUUUGGACACUGCCCCUGGGGGAUGAGCCCCAGGACUUCACUGAUGGCAAAAGUGCAAUAAUGCGGCUUAGCUUGAUUUUCUUUCACUGCAGAUCAGGUUAAGUCGCAUUACCUUGCAUUUGCUGUGGGCAGAACCUUGUCUCAGCUGACUCAUGGAAACUUGGUGAACUGUGGUAACUUGGUGUUGAGCCCUAAUCUGCAGACUAAGCUAAGGUGAGAAGAUGGCCUUGGCCAUAUGUCUCAGUACAUGUGAACCAGGGAACACGGUGACAACUGGCAGGUCGCUGGGGACAUGUGGCAGUGGGAAGGGAAUCUCCUGCCUCAGAACAAAUGCUGUGAGCUGAGCUGCCUCCUUUUAAAACUCUCCCCUUUUUCAGCACCAUUGGUGUGAGAGGCAACAUGAUAGCAAUAUAGCAGGUCAGGAUUGGAGAGGCAUCCUACAAGAGUUUCCUUUUAGAGUUUAGUGCCAGGUGAAACAAUCAGACUAGUCUGAUUGCUGGCUGGACAAGUCUUCCUGAACACUCAGUACACCAGCACCUCCUUUCAUCUUUCUCAUGGUGCUCCCUCUGUUUCCAGGCAUGGCAGUCCUUGGGCUCAGCAGCUAGAUGUCAGGUACCUGGUGCAAGACUGGUGGAGAAGAAUAUUUCACCUGCCCUUUGCAGAAAUAUUUGGAUGCAUUCUUUGCUCUGUGUCUUACAAAGCGGGAUGCCAUGUAGGAGUAGGAACGCGGGGAAAGUUGGUUUUCUUGGUAUCGCAGGCAGAAUUUGUACUUAGAAAUGCAGAGAAACUUGUGAAGUGCCAGGGAGCUGAGCAGUGCUCAGAGCUGUGUGCAGAGUUUUCCACUGAUUGUGCAGUAGGCAGAUAAGAUAAACAGCAGUGAUAAGUCAGGCACAUGGUGUGAUGUGUUUUGAGAUAGGGCUUGACUAGAAAUGGCACCUUCUGUGUGAGCAGCUCUGUCUGCUGCAUAUUCUGUCAGAGGUGCUGAUAAAAUACACUCUAAAAUUAAGCAGCAGAGCUGUUCACCAUACCCUGGCAGGUACUGAACAAACAGCUCCCAUGAUGAGCAUAAGGUUUUCCUUAAGUGCAGCUGAGGACAAAACAUUGCCUAUGGGAGUUAAUUCCCAGUCGUGGUAGAAAAGAAGGGAAAGCACUGUUGGUUCUCAAAGACCAGGCUUUGAUGGUGGAAUCAACAUCUGUGUUUUAAGCACAUAAAAAAGACAGCAGAGAUUGUAAACUGGCAUGGAAAUCAGUGACAUUAGAGAACAGGACCACUGCUGAGGGAUUGCAGAAGCCAUUAGGUGCCUCUGACCUUCAGAGAAGUAGAACCAUCAACUGGAUGCACAGACAGUCUCCUUGCCCCUUGCAGAAACUAUCCCUGUAUACUAUGGGUAUCUGAACCCAUCUCUUAUUCCAUCCUGGCCUUUGCUGCUGUUGUUACCAAGUUAUCCAUACUGAGAAGUUGUUUCCAGAGUGAGGAUUUUCUCAGGAUAAGGUAUAAAGCUUUCCAGAUGUACUGUCCAUAUCCUAACAAGCUGGAAAGGCCAGAUGCAAGGGGCCUCUCAUUGUUUCCCACAGGUAGUGUUAUUUCCAGGUGUAGCUGGGAUUAAGCUAUCACCUGUAAAAUGCUGACUAAUGCUGACUAAUAAGUAAAGCAAAAAAAGAGCUUGACUUGUAGUGAACAAUGGGAAAAGUCUAAAAUGAAAAACUGUAAGGACAUCUCUGCCUGUAGCCCAGGGUCUGGAUUUGCAUAGUGAAACCCUCUUAGCAGAAGCCAGCAAAGAACAUCUCCUCUACUCCAGCACAGUCGGUGGGACCUCCUGGGCUGCUUCAGCCCUGUGUGGUGAGGCUGGGGACUCUGGGUCCUGCCACAGACAUGAUCAUCUGAGAUUAUUAGGCACACUGAGGGCUUCCUAGAUCUUGAGGCACGCAACAGCCAUCAGCUCUGCAUGGUAUUCACUUACUGUGCACAUGAGAUGUUUUAGAUCUUUCCCUCUUGCCCUGACCUUAUACCAAAGAUAUUCUCACCUUCCCAGAGCAUGUGCUCAGGGUGUCCAGCUCUCCAAGUCUUUGCAGCCACCUCCCAGUUGCCAUCCCCAGCCUCUGUGUGAACAAAUAACAACAGCCCUUGACAUGUGAAGGAGCCAAGCUUGAUGCACUUAAGUGGAACAGCUUCUCAUUUGGUUUCCCAUCUUUGGCCCACCUGUGAGUACCACACUAUUUAUUUCUUAUUAUCAAGCAAUGGCAGUAUCAAAUAUUUUAAGGGCACACUGAACCUCUGAAACAACUUGGUUUUCAUUAUCGCGUGGGUGUUUGUCGGGGCACCGCAGCCUGGACGUGCCUGGUGCGCACUCUCCGCUGCCCUGUUCACUCCACAGAGAGCUGGUUUCUCCAGGCUGCUGCCAGCAGCACCGGGCUGUGCAUCCCCCUGCAGAGUGUGGGUGCCCCCGGCCUGCAGGAGCACCCAGCUGCUGUGGACCAGGAGAUAAUUUUGGCAUAGUUGUAUCAGGCAGAAACUCUUCCUGCUCUCUGUCAAAAACAAGUGUUGGGGGUGUGACCUCUGGUUUUCUCCUCCCUGGGCACAGGGGUUUCAGCAGUGUUCAGGGCUGGCCUCACGUUUUCCCCACCAAAUGGGACGGCAGGAUGAGGCUGAUUAGCAAAUCCACCUGAGAAAAUCCUCUUAGAUUUUAAACUUCAUUUGUGCUGCUCAUUGGCUGCACUCAGAGGGGAGAUUAAUGGGUCCAGUGUGGUAGUUUGGGGGAGAACUUGCAGUUUCUUGCCACCACCACCUUUUUAUUUCCUGUCAUUAUUCCCAUUUCCAGGGCAACCAAAUAUUUUUUUAUUAGUAUCUGGAAGAAAAAGAAAAAUCCAGGGUUUCAAUCCAAUAAGGAUCUAAGGAAGGUUAGAUGUGGACAUCUAACCUUCAACUAACUGUCAAAUGACUGACAUGCUCAAUGUUAGUCAUAUGAAUGUUUCACAAAAUGAUGUUGCUUUGGUAUUUUGCGUUUAAUUUUCUUAUUCACGUUUCAGGCAUGUUUAUGAUUUAUUUCAUUAUUUUGGAUCCUCUUAGAUUCAGCCCUGCUGAUCCUUCAGUUCUUAUGCACAAGUCCCAAAGACCCUGAGAGCAGAAGUGACUGAGCAGUUAUUAGCAAGGUGGGCAUACGGUGCCUGGUAAAAAUGAAGAGCUUAAUUACCUUAGGGAUUUUUUUGUCUGCACACUUGCUUCAAGGACACAAAUUGAGCUGCAUUUCAAUAUGUUUAUCUCUUCCAUUUUCUCACUUCAAUUCCAAGCAGUCUUGUAGUUAAUAUUUGUAUAUUCAGCAUUACUUUGCUCUUGAACCUGAAGUAACCAAUAUUGUCUUCCUCUGACAGGAGUACUUAAUACCUUUGAUUUUUAAAUAUUGCUGAGUGAGGUGAUGGAUGCAAAAGUAGUUACACAUUUGUGUGCUGGCUUUGGCUGUGAUAAUUUUCCUCACAGUAGCUAGAAUGCAGGUCAGUUUUGGAUUUGUGCUGGAAAUAGUGUUGAUAAUAGAGGGAUGUUUUCAUUACUGCUGAGCAGUGCUCACAUGGUGUCGAGGACUUUUCUGCUUCCCAUCCCAUCAGCAAGGGAGAUGGGAUGGGACACAGCCAGGACAGCUGAUGCCAACUGACCCCAGGGAUACCUCAGACCAUGGCAUCAUGCUCAGCAUAUAAAGAGGGAGGGGAAAGAAGGAGGAAGAGGGUGACAAGUUCAGAGUGAUGUCAUUUGUCUUCCCAAGUCACCAUUACCUGUGAUGGAGCCCUAUUUUUUUGGGGAUGGCUGAACACCUGCCUGCCCCUGGGGAUUGGUGAAUGAAUGCUUUGCUUUGCUUGUGCAUGGGACUUUUGCAUACCCUAUUAAACUGUCUUUAUCUCAACCCACGGGUUUUCUCACUUUUGCUCUUCCCAUUCUCUUUUCCAUCCUACUAGAAGGGAGCAAAUGAGUGGCUUUGUGGGACUUAGUUGCUGGUUGGGAUUAAAUCAUAACAAUUUGUUUAAAUUUGGGCAGAUAUUUUUGAGGCUGUAGAAACUAAUAAAUUGAGAUAAAACAUGGCCAAGAGCUGAAUGGAUCAAAGUGUCCAGUUCCUAUUUAAGUCCAUGACCAUUCCACAGGGAGAGCUUUCUCUGUUCCCUCAGGCUGUUGCAUCAUUGCAGCACAGAGUAGACAUAACAAAUCAAACUUAAAAUGAUCUACUAUAAGCAGACUCACUGCAGCAGCAUGGAGUUCAGUAUAUCCUGUGUCUUGGCAAAAUUAGAUACCUCUAUAGAUGAAUGCUUUGUAAGCAAACCUACAUAUCCUAAGGAAGACUUUUACUAUUCAGAAAGGAGAGAGACAAUUAUGAAUUAAAUUAAUUUGGUCCACAUAUUUUUCUUACAGCUGUCUAGAAUUGCAAGUGUCUUGUGUGUUGUUGCCUGUAGCUGUUGUGAUGUGUUAAUUCCCCCCCUGGUUCUGUGGUAAGCUCAUCUGGUGGUAUCCUGAGCCUCCAGCUGGUUCUCCGGCAGGCAAAGCCCAUGAGAAGGACAUGUAGAGGCGAGUGGCUUUCAGGCACACCAGGGACAGCUUUUGGGGAUGUGGCCCUGUGCUGUUCCAUGCUUUGGGGGUCUGUACCUACAGAGCAACAUGUUAAACCUACUUGAUAAAAUGAAAGUAGAUGGUCAGGCCACCAAAGGAGACGGAGAAUUUGGUGGAGGGGUGUGUGUGUUUUGUGCCCCCCAGCACGUGCACGGUUUCCCCAGCUAUUAACUUCCAGUUAAGGACCUUUCCUGAGCUCUUAGUGUUAGAAUAGAGUUUUCUUCUGCUGAUAAUGUAUUUGUAUUAUGCAACAUACUCAGAAAACAGAAGAUUAUCUCUCUAUGACCGUCCUCUCCUCUUGAGAAGCUCUUCUCCUCUGUACAUAUGAUAUGCAGAAUGUAUGGGAGUCUUACCAGCGUUGGUUUGCAUUUUUAAGACUGUACUAAUUAAUGUGUGAUACUAUUGUGUUUUUGUAGUGGCAUCUUUGAUGUAAGAUGUAAAAAGUAUUUAAAUUUUUUUUUUAUUAUUGUUCAGCUUUUAGAGAUAGCACCAAGGACUGCAUGUUCACUAGAAUCAGCCUUUUUCAGGGGCUGUCAUAGCUGCACGCAGGCACCGGUGUUUCACCCGGCAUGUAGCACCUGCGUUCCACUUUUAAUAGGGGUCAGUUUUGAGUGAAAAAGAAUUCUUCCUGAAAAGUCUAGUUUUGUCUUUCCCUCUCUUAGAUAUAAGCUUCCCCCUCCCAUGCUGUGUGUGCCAGCCCUGGCCCCAGGAGGAGACCUGGGAGGAGUGUCUCCCGACCCGGGGCACCCCUUGGCAUCAAGCACCCUCACCCCGUAGCUCACCCAAUGUGUGCUCCUCGGAACUUGGCUUUCCUUGGAAUUGCUGGCUGUGCCAGCACAACAACGGUGGGCUCACAUUGCAAGACAAUUUGUGCAAGUGACUUUAAAAUGAAUUAACUAAAAUUGAGGGGAAUUAAGGAAAAGAAGAGCCUGAGCAGCAAUUUUAGGGGCAGAAUCUUACUGGGAUGCUUAAUACAGCAAGAACUUGGGGUCAGUUCCUAAAAGACAGGACCAUUUGAAUGGCUUAGGUCUACAUUUCUUGCCAGGUUUGGAGAGUGAAGUGGGGCUCAGAUCCAGCCUUUCAGGCAGGGUUGACUUACAAGAUAGACUGAGUCUGAGAUGCUUGUCCAGAUUGUGUCGUGGGCCAAAAGACAAGACAUGCUGCAGCUUAGGAGUUAUUUCUUUCAGCUUUGUUUUUUUGGGGUUUCUUUUUUUCAUUUUUAAUGGAGAAAGCAGUUCAAACUGCACCUGGCAAAAUGACUGACUUCAAAAACUUGUUUUUCCUUGUUAUAUAGACACUCACAAAACAGCAUUGUGUGGCUAAAAAAGCACAUAUGUGACAGUUUCUUUCUGAGUGCCAAAAUAUAUAAGCAGUAUUGUUUGAAGGGAAAUAAUUUUUUUUUACUGUAUUGUUAUUACUGUUGAACAAAUAUAUUGUUUUUAAAUGUUAGAUUUUGAAGACUUUUGUAUUGUAAAUUGUUUUGUGACACGGUGCUUUUUCAUACUGGAAUUACUGAUUGCACCUAAAUAUUAAUUAUUGCUUUCUUAUAUAAAUAUAUGACCUUGAACAAUCUUGAUGAAAAUCAAUGUAUGGUGGAUACCAACAGUUCAAAAAAAUUCACCUACUGAAAUCCCCUAAAUGUUCUUUCCUACUAAUAAACAUUCUGCUGCAGCUA